AUGUUCAAGUCCACGAUUGCGCCAGGCCUCCUACUCAGAGGCAAGAUCGACGCGCUGCGGACCGUCGAGGGUGCCAGCAGCAGCGAGAGCGAGAUGCACAUCAUCGAGCACAAGGCGCGCCAGCGCAAGCUCUUCAAUUCCGUGCGGGAGUACGAGGAAAUCCAGUGCUUGGGUUACAUCCAUCUGGUGCAGGACCACAACCAGCGCGAGCGGAACGAGUCGCCGCUCGUGCGGUGCAUUCUCGUAGAGACGUUCGGGGAAGACUCCUCGCGCCACGAGAUCCUGGAGAACCCGGACCUCUGGCACGGCAAGGUGCUGGACGUCAUCCGGCGCCGGGCCGAGGAGCUCACGGCGCUAGUGCGCGGGGGGCCCAGCGCCAGCGACUUGCUGUCGUGGCUGGAGCGGCUCUGA